AUGGAUGACGAUGAGAUGCAUGCUACAGUCUCCACCAUCUUCCACGCCAGCAACACGUUUCAACGAAGCCGGGGACAGAAUAGUGCCCUCAUUCUCUCCUGGUAAGCAAUGUCACAAUUACAGUAUGACAAUCAUAAAUGUCAAAAAAUAAACUGUAUCGAAAAGUAUUUCAAAGAUCAGUCACAACAAAUCAAUAACAACAGUUUUUUGUAUUAAUUCGACUUUGAAUAGAUCUAAAUUUACAGUCGUUAUAUAAAGUUAAGUCUGUAGACCAGAUCUAAUUUAAAAUUACCAAUUCAGGCUAGAUACUCUGCAUUUAAACCCCAGAACCCACAGAUUCCAUUUUGUAAAAGAUGAAGAAAACAACGUAUGGCUUCUGAAUCGACAACAGACGACUUGUAAGUGUUGUCAAAACGUAUCUCUGCCAACUUCAAAGGAACCCAGAUAUACACAAGAGACACCAAGAGAGACCAAGCAUCAUCAGAAGUCGGCAUCAGACCCCAGACAUCCUCAACCACCGUUGAUCAAAUUCAAGAAGACCAAGAAGUCUUCCAAAGUGAUUACUCAACAACCGCUGCCUUCAUCGAUCCCCAAGAAUGCUUCGUCCCCUCCGGCUAAAAAGGUUAAGAAAGAAGAAUCAAACUGUUGCCGAGAUUGUUGUUCUGAAUGUGCAAAUAUUUGCAGUAACAUACUAUCAAAUUAA